UCAUAACACUCACAGUAAUGCAAAGGUUACAGGGCAAACAGAGCAAGUGUGUUAGGGUGGUGUUUGUAGUUUAAAAGAGAAAGUCGUGUGUGUGUGUUGUAAGUGCGAACAUGAGACGGGACUGAGGGAAACAGACAGUCUGGUCUCCUCAGAGACUGAUUUACUCCCUCAGUGUAGCUACAACAGCGUGUCACUUUCUGCCUCCACACAGCGCUGCGUUCAGGAGCUCUUCAGUUCCUCACUCGUUAGUCUUCAGGACGCUCUUUCACAACAAGAAGGAGAAGAAGAAGAACAAGACGAGACGGAGUGAUACGGCUUUUCUUUUCUUUUUUUGGAAACGGGAAUUAUCUUUUAACCAAACGCGUUUGAACUUCUCGUUAAAGUUUAUUUCACGGAAUAGCUCACUGGUAGAACUGUGGCCGUGUCACGCCGGCUGGGGCGGUGUGUGUGAGAUGCGCGUCGGUACGGACUAAAAAAACAAAAACAAAACGCAAACACAACCACGACACAUCCACGCCGCUCCGUCUGGCAGCGUGUUCGCAAGAGUGCCAUCGGUUGGUGUUGUGUGUUUUUUUUUUUGUUUGUUUGUUUUCGAGGAUUUUUACAAAGGAACAUGGAGGUAGACAGCGCUCAGGAAAACACCGAGCAGCCGUGUAAGGACUCUGAGCGCCAGCUUCGCCUGAGGCUGUGUGUGCUCAAUGAGCUGCUGAACACCGAGCGAGACUAUGUGCGCACUCUCGCCUUCCUGCAGUCGGCUUUUCUCCAGAGGAUCAUACAGAUGGGAGAGAAUCAACAGUGUCUGACACCGGAACAAGUCAAGAUCUUGUUUUCCAACAUUGAAGAGAUCUUGGAUGUACACCGGGAGUUUUUCUCCACGUUGGAUUCCAGUCUACAGCCCGAGCCUCAGCCUCAGCACGCACUCGGCCACGUCUUCCUCCAGUUUAGAGAUCGCUUUUCAGUUUAUGGAGAAUACUGCAGUAACCAUGAGAAAGCUCUCAGGCUGCUGAUGGAGCUCAAUAAGAUCCCUCACAUCCGCACCUUCUUACUGCACUGUAUGUUGCUUGGAGGGAAGAAGAGCACAGAUGUUCCUCUGGAAGGUUACCUGCUCUCACCUAUACAGAGGAUCUGCAAGUACCCUCUUCUGCUCAAGGAACUGUUGAAAAGGACUCCUAAGAAGCAUGCAGAUUACCCAGCCGUUGAGGAAGCUCUGCAGGCCAUGAAGGAAGUGUGCUCCAACAUCAAUGAGACAAAGAGGCAAAUGGAGAAAUUGGAGGCGCUCGAGCAGCUCCAGUCCCACAUAGAGGGCUGGGAGGGAACAAAUCUAACUGAUAUCUGUACUGAGCUGCUUCUCCAUGGCAAUCUGCUGAAGAUCUCAGCAGGAAACAUUCAGGAAAGGGUCUUCUUCCUGUUCGAUAACCUUCUCGUGUACUGCAAGAGGAAGUCCAGAGUUUCAGGGAAGAAAUCUACCAAAAGGACGAAGUCUAUCAACGGCCCGAUGUAUGUGUUUCGUGGCCGAAUCAACACGGAAGUGAUGGAGGUGGAAAACGUCGAAGACGGAACCGCUGAUUAUCACAGCAACAACUACACUGUGACCAACGGCUGGAAGAUUCACAACACGGCCAAAAACAAGUGGUUUGUGUGCAUGGCCAAGAAUGCAGAAGACAAGCAAAAAUGGCUGGACGCCAUUUUAAAGGAACGCGAACAGAGAGAGAGCCUCAAACUGGGAAUGGAGCGGGAUGCUUACGUUAUGAUUGCAGAGAAAGGAGAGAAGCUCUACCACAUGAUGAUGACCAAGAGCCGCCAUCUGAUCAAAGAUCGACGGAGGAAGCUCACCAGUGUGCCCAAGUGCUUUCUGGGAAAUGAAUUUGUCGCCUGGCUGUUGGAGAGUGGAGAGAUCAGUAAACCAGAGGAAGGGAUCAAUUUAGGCCAAGCACUGCUGGAAAAUGGUCUCAUCCACCAUGUUUCGGAUAAACACCAGUUUAAGAACGAGCAGGUACUGUACCGCUUCCGUUACGAUGACGGCACUUACAAAGCUAGGAGUGAGAUGGAGGAUAUCGUAUCCAAGGGUGUGAGACUGUACUGUCGUCUCCACAGCCUCUUCACACCUGUGAUUAAAGACAGAGACCACCACCUGAAGACAUUUAAAUCGGUGUUACCAGCCAGUAAACUGGUGGACUGGCUCAUCUCACAGGGAGACUGUUCUACCCGCGAGGAUGCCGUCACAUUCGGGGUCGGCCUGUGCAACAACGGCUUCAUGCACCACGUCCUGGAAAAGAGCGAGUUUAAGGACGAAUCUCAGUUCUUCCGGUUCCAUGCUGAUGAGGAGACAGAAGGCACCAGCAAUAAGACCAAGCAGCUUCGCAAUGACUUUAAGCUCAUUGAGAACAUCAUGGCGAAGUCCCUAGUGAUUCAUCCGGGGGAGGAAGACUAUGGAUUUGAGAUUGAGGAGAAGAACAAGUCUAUCAUGGUGAAGAGUGUAACCAGGGGCUCCCAUGCUGAGAUGGCAGGGUUGCAAGCAGGAAGGAAGAUCUACUCUAUUAAUGAAGACCUGGUGUUCCUGAGACCCUUCUCUGAGGUGGAGAUUAUGAUCAACCAGUCUUUCUGUAUACGCCGUUCUCUCAGGCUGCUGGUUGCCACCAAAAACAAAGAGCUCGUGAAGAUUCCAGACUGUCGAGAUGGUCUGUCAUUCAAACUGCGAGGAUCCUGUCCUCCAUAUGUGCAUGCAGUGAAAAUAGGGUCAGAGGCCGCAGCAGCAGGCCUGCAGGCCGGCCAGUGUGUGCUCAAAGUAAACGGCGCCAACAUGAGCCAGAGCAGCUACGAUGAGGUACUGGAGCAUUUCAGCAGUUAUCAGCCUGAACAGGAUGAGAAAGAGGAGCCGGCUUGCAGUCAGUGGGUGUACCGUGUGUAUGACAAUGUGGAGGAACAGGCGUUCAGAUCGUGCCUCACUGAGAAUGGUUCAGACACAGAGGAAAACGGCUGUUCUAAUGGAACAGUCAGAGGUCUGCAACAUUUGUCUCUGUCUGGAGAUAUUCCAUUGGUUAACAUGAUGGUGGAUAACAUGCACUUGGAACAUGGCGUUGUAUAUGAGUACGUGAGCUCAGCUGGGAUCAAACAUCAUGUUCUGGAGAAGAUGGUGGAGCCAAAGGGCUGCUUCAGUCUCACAGCAAAGAUAUUAAAAGCCUUUUCUAAAGAAGACACAAAUUUUGUGACGAGCUGCAGUCAGCUGAUCGCUCAGAGCGAGCGUGUCGUGUCGAUGCCGCAGUAUGAGUUCAGAAAUAUCUGCGACACCAAACUGGAGAGUAUACGCAAACGUAUCUGCAACUACCAACAGUUUGCAGAUGAGCUGCAGAAUAAAGGCUCGCCCAUGUUUAAGCAGGCUAGUACUAAACCUCAUGCCCUGGGGUGCAUGGACUUUGUGCCCACGAAUUGUCACCUGAACCUGAUGCAGGUUUCUUGCCCCAAGAGCAGCACAUCAGCUGGACGUGCAUUUAGCAUCCGCUUCGGGCGCAAGAACUCCUUUUUCGGCCUUGACCCAGACCAAGCCAAUCUGAACCCCAUGUCCCACACGGUCCACUGUGUGACGAGCAUGGCUGCCCCAUCGUGGAGCUGCACUGGCCUGGAUAAUGAGGAGGAGGAGGGAAUAGAUGGAGGUGUUGAGGCAUGCAGCAGGCGCACACAGGGUGAAGGAGGCCUCAGUUUUCUUCUUAAACAGGAGGACACUGAGAGCCAGGACAACUACAUCUGCCUUUAUAACCGGCUGGACACCGCGGUCAGGGAGAUGAAGCUCUAUGUGGCUCAGAUUGAUGUGCUCCUGUCCUCCAUCACUGGUCCCAUCCAGCCUCAGAGCUCUGAGCCUCCUUCGUACGACAGCGUGCCGUGUACUUCUCCUGGGCAUGAGGAGGUCAUUCAAAGCAAAAGAGUGUGCUUCAAAGUGAAUGAGGAUGAUCAGGAGGAUUCUGGACAUGACACCAUGAGCUACAGAGACUCUUACAGUGAGUGCAACAGUAACCGAGACUCUGUACUGUCCUACACAAGCGUACGAAGCAACAGCUCUUAUCUAGGGAGUGAUGAGAUGGGCUCAGGAGACGAGCUGCCAUGUGACAUGCAGAUUCCUCUGGACAAACAGGACAAGCUGCAUGGAUGUCUAGAGCAUCUUUUUAAUCAAGUUGACUCUAUCAACAGCCUUCUGAAAGGGCCGGUCAUGAGCAAAGCAUGCGAGGAAACCAAGCAUUUCCACCCUGACCACACUCAGCCAGAAUUCCGCCACGCAGACGACUGGACAGCACGGUGCAGAUACAUCCUGCACAAAAACAUCCAGGAGGACCCUUGGAACCUACCCAGCUCCAUCAAAAACCUAGUGGACAGUCUGCAUCGCUUCGUAGAGGAUGGCAGGAAUCAGCUUUUGUUGGCCUUGCUGAAGUGCACAGACACAGAGCUGCAGUUGCGUCGGGAUGCGAUUUUCUGCCAGGCCCUUGUGGGUGCACUGUGCACACUUGCCGAACAAGUGUUCUGGGCACUCAACCUUCGCUUCAACAACAACGCUGAAUAUGAGGACGACUGCAAGGAGGUCAGCCACAAAUGGCUGGAGCAGAUCUCAGCAAUCGGAGUGCUCUUCAACUUCCAGUCCACCCUCUCGCCACACGUGAGACAAGAGCGCACCAUGCUGGAAGACACAAAAGCGGCUCUGCAGGAUCUGGAUAAAGUCACCGUGCUCUUCCGACCACUGGAGAAUGAAUGCCUUGUUGCAAACAUGCCGGUGCAUUAUCAAGUCGAAGGCAGUCGGCAGGCAAUCCGUGUCACACUUUACCUGGACAGCUGUCAUUUCAGUGAGCUUCCCACGCGUCUGCAGAAUGGAGGCAGCCUCAAGCUGCACUCAGCUCUUUUCACCAGAGCAUUGGAACGACCAGAAGGAGUAGCAGCUCAGGACUUUUUGGCCAUGGAGGAGUUUCAGCAGCGGAUCAACGCUGUGUCACUGGAAAAAGUCAAAUUCUAUUACCGGAGACUCAGGGCUUUCUAUUUAGAGAAAUCCAAUUUAUCCUCCGAAUCAAAUUCAACGGCUAUGAAAAUAGAUCAUCUGCUUCGUCCUCUCAACACUCUGGAUGACCUGUGCAGGCUCAUGCAGACCUACAUGAACGUGAAGCCGAGUGCGGCGGGCCACCCGUCUGGAGUCAGCGUACUGCUGGUGUCCUCGGAGCUGUGCAACCGCCUGGGGGCCUGCCACAUCAGCAUGUGUGCAACUGGCAUUCAGAGGUGCACCCUGACCGUCUCCCUGGAGCAGGCCAUGAACCUGGCCAGGAACCACGGCCUCAUGCCUCGCUGCUUCAUGCAGACUAUGGACAUUUUACGCAAACAGGGCACCAGAGUCGAUAACUCUGCCAAAAACCUCAAAGUCAUGGACCAGAUGCCUGCCUUCGCACCAAGACUCUUCAAGCUGUGUCUCCCACCUUCUGAUGGCGAUCUCUGAGUUUCUCGCCGCAGCCUCUUGACCGCUCACUUGAAAUAUAAAGCAAAAGACUUGUGACUCUGGGACAGUGAGACUUGUUAAAGAGGUCACUUUGCCUUCGCCAGGCGUUUCCGUUGGACCAAACAUCGGCUCAGAGAGGAUUUCCACAGGAUGCUGACGGGGGCGAACCCAACAGCCUGCAUCGGAAUAGUCUAGCCACAGUGCUGCCGUUGGCUAGGAGCGACUCCUCAUACAGACUUCUCCUCUUAACCUACUUGUUUCUUGCCACUGAUUGGUGCCGUUCCUAAGACUACGGAUCCGUUUGUUUUUUUAACCGAGUUACUAAACAACCUGUAACUAGACUGUGUUCCUCAAUUUGCCUUGGACUGCAGCGUUGGUGGGCUCUCCGGGUUCCGUCUCUAGCUGGCGAGGCUGACGCUUCUUCCACUGCUCAGACACGUGGUGAUUAUGUGCAAUUACUGUAGCUUAGCAUGUGCAUUCCUGCACUGUUCCUUUCCAAGAGUAUUCUUCAAAAGAAGUGUUUUUAUUCUCUUCACUUCAGGUCUUAAAAAUUAUUAAAAGCAUUCCUCUGACAGUAUUAUAUGGACCAAGCUGACACUGUUUAAGCUCUUUUAGUUUAUAUAUAUAUAUAUAUACGUGUUGUAUGUGUGUGUGUAUAUAUAUAUAUAUAUAUAUAUAUAUAUAUAUAUAUAUAUAUAUAUAUAUAUAUAUAUAUAUAUAUAUAUAUAUAUAUAUUUUAUUUGAUGUUACAGUUUGUGUCAGAGUUUCGUAACCUAUCCAGGACAGAAGACCCUUUUACUUAAAAGCUCAAUAAAGUUACUCAGUUAAUCAGUUGACAUCUAUGGAUACUAAAUGCUCAAGAUUUUUACUAAUCAGAUCAGAGAAAGCGAAGACGUUUCUUUGUUUUUGUGUCUGGUUUUGGCACUUUUUCAAUCUCUGGGUGUUGCAGUAUAGAACUAUUCGAGAGCGUAGCAUGAGUGUUUAGAGAAGCACAAUAAAAAAUGUUUAGAUUAUUCAGCAGUGUUUGCUAAAGUACUGUACAAAGCAAAGGGAUCAUUGAAGGAUGCUAAAAUAGAGUGAAAUUUAUUUUAUUCAAUUUCCUGUGCGCGCGCGCGUGUGUGUGUGUGUGUGUGUGUGUGUGUGUGUGUGUGUGUGUGCGAAUGUGUGUAAACAUAAAUAAAUAGACAGGCCCUUUUUAGGAAUGGUCAUGCUAUAAUUUAAAUUUAAUUAUUAAUGUCAAAACAAACCAGUAUGGAACUGUACAUCUUUCAUUUUGUGUACAUGCUGUAUAUGUGAAUAGGAGUACCUUGUUGUGUAUUUCCACUUACAGUACCUUUGUUUGCAGUAUUUAAAUGGCUAACCAUGUGUCCAUGUGGUCUGUAGAGGUUCACUCACAAUUUGAAAAAUGCACCAUAGCCGUGCUUCUUGACUGAAAGAAAAAAUGUAUCUACCAUUAAUCUACCUUUUUGGUUCCUCAAAGCAAGCUCAAUAGUUAUUUAUUGAUGAGACUGAUAAAGCGAGCAUAUGUUAUGUUUUUAAAAUACUCACAGAACAGUAUAGGUUUUAAUAACAUUAUCUUUUAUGGAAAGCCACGCUUCUCUCUGACAUUAACAUACUAGAGAUAUGUCUUUUAUUGUCACAUCGCUGACAAAACACUCUGACAGAGGUGUGCAAUGUUAUGCAAUGCUGAGUUUGUGACAUUCACGGUGCCUUGUGGAAUUGGAUGUCCAUUUUUAACAUCCUCUGAUGUGUAUAUGUGCAGCAGAUCUUCAGUUGGAGCUGGAAGUGUUUGUGUGGAGUUUAGCACCGAGAUGAUUGUUAUUUUAGACUGAGCUUGCUUUGAAGAAACCAGAUUCGCAUGCGGUAACUUUCAUUAUUUGAGUAUAACAGUUUGGAAUUAGCUUAAAAAUUUAAUACUGUAAGCACAGGGAAAACAUGAUAAUGUUCCUGUGUCUUAGUCCCAAGCUUUGGAAUGGAAAUCUUAUGGUCAGUAAAAAUUGCCUUGUAUAGAAUAAGCUUAAGUAUUUAAUGGUGAUGCUCUUUAACUUGUAAUAUCUGUGGAUGUUUGAAUGUACUGAUAAGAGGUUUUUUUAAUUAGUGUGAUAAUCAUAUCGGUCUAUAAUAUCAGCUCAUUAACAGUCUAUGAAAAUCAGACAGGUUUGCGUUAAUGUUAUCACACUGCCGGCUGAUGUGUGUGAUCACCUCCACCUACAGAAAUACUGUCAACAAGCAUGGAUCAAAUGUUUUUUUACAUCCCCAAUGUUCUGUCAAAUCAGUAUGGAAAUUAAACUCUUGUGCUUAAAUAAUC